UUCUCAGACUUCUCAAAAUUGAAUAGAGAUACGUCAGCUAAGUUACUAAAUACGCAUAUAAAAUUGCGUACUUCUGAUAGAAUAAAUAAAUAAAAUAGAGAAUUUCUUAAUACAUUUAUUGAGGAUGUAAAACUGAAUCUCUAAAAGACGAUUUCUCGGAAAUUUCGCACUUUUUUCAAGCAGUUUUUUCUCAAUUUUAUUCGGCACUUUUAUAUCAAUCGUAAGAUUUCAAGUUCGAUUUUUUCAGUGUUAACUGCAAUUGUGGAGGCCAGUGUGUUUUAAACACGAUAUCUAAUUCAUUUUGGCCGAUAGAAUGUGUGAAAAUUUGGCAUGUGAACUUUUCGGAAGGUGAACCUGAUUUUUAGGUUAGAAACACGUUUUUCGUUUUUGAUUCCGAUGGACAUGAACAUUUUGAUUUUCAACGGACUUGAUUUUCAUCAGAGACCCUAAAGAUUGGAAAAUUAUAGUAAUUGAGACCGAUACAAAUUCAAGAGCAAAUAAAACUGGAAAACCUGACAAUUGAAGUGGAUUCAGAUUCAAAUUCAUCCAAAAAUUCGCUACGUACCGGUUUCACAAACCAACAUGAAUAACGAAAAUGAAAAAGACAAAGCGAAAGAGUACAAUUUAAAGGGAAUACAAGUUCAUCGUUCUUGUAGUCGACUCUUACUUGAUUCACCGAAUAAAUUUGAUACAAGCAGUAUUGACGAUGUGCCAAUUAAAAAAUUGUUCGUUACCAAUCUUGCCAAAAAGACUACUCAGGAGGAUUUGUCAAAGUUCUUCACUCAUUUUGGAAAAGUGGAAGAAUGCGUGAUAAAGAAGAACAAAAAGAGCAAUUAUGCUUUUGUGACGUUCGUCACUGCAGAAAGUGCUUUGCAAGCUUUGAAAAACACAAACCGGCUGCAUGAGAAAGAGCUGACGGUAAUUCCAGCAGACUCUCGGCACCAACCGAUUCCUACUAAGAAGGAUAAUAAAUCAGCUAAUGAACCAAAUGAAAAAAUUGAAGAACCAACUUCAAGCACCGAACUUUACCCAUUAGUUCAUCGAAUAAGUGACAAUUGUUUGAUGAACAUUUUUCAGCAUCUUCCAAUUGUUGAUCGAGUGAGAGUCGAAAGAGUCUGUCGACGAUGGCGAGACUUGAGUAAGGAUUCGUGGCGAACGCUGCGAAGACUCGAUGUCAAUUCCUCAUCCUGGGGUUGCAAAAGUGUCGAAAUAGGAACAUCAGAUCUCUAUCAGGUGCUAAAACGCUGCGGACGUUUUCUCACAAUGAUCACUUUUUUCGAGCUCAAUCGAAUGAUGUCUCUGAGAACUGUCUUCAUAAUUGGAAAGCUCUGCCUAAACCUGAAGAUCGCCUAUCUUGGCACCCUGGAAGUCACUCCUCGCGAAAUUUUCUUCCUCCUGUCGCAGUGUCCGAAUCUCGAGUUUCUAGAGCUCGACAGUUACCACUUUAGCGACCGAGACUUCAGUGAAAUUUUCGCCAAGAGCAAAAAGCUCAGGUAUGUGAGCUUUGAAGAGUCCAAGAUUGAUGGGUCCUGCUUUAUCAGUCUGCCGGAGGAGACUGAGACGAUCGUUUUUCACGAACCGAUCCGGGGAGUCAAUCACAUUAUUUUUCACUCGGCUAUCGAGAGGUUAAAGAAUUUGCAAAAUUUAUACUUGAGCGUCUCACACAAUGAGCACGAGAUGGGGAUUCCAGUUUUUGAUGAUCGUGACGGGGAUGACAUUGACUUUGAGAACGCUAUUUACGAUGGCGACGGUGAUGAGGAGAAUCAGGAGAUGGACGCCAAUCAAGAAGACGACGAUGAAAGUGCUGAGGAGGACGAGAAGGUUUUUCAGGAUAUUUUAAUGAUGAUCAAUGAGACUGAACCCGACAAUGACGGAAAUUCUGAAGACAAUCUCGGAUGGGGCCCAAAACCCCAGACAAGUGCCAAAACAAACGAGAAAUCCAAUGGUGAAAAUGAGUCUGAUAAAAAGGAAUACAUUUCUUGGACUGACGUUAGAUCAGCCGUUCGAUCCUCCUACAACGAUUCAGAUGACGAUUUAUUAGUUUCCGAGAAAUCGCUCGAUCAAGACGAUUACGAUGAUUUCGAGAGUGAAGAAGACUUGAAUGACAUCAGUUCUACGGUGAACGAUCUCGAGCCAAAAAACGAUGACAAUCGAGAUAAAAACCGAAAAAUGGCGAACGAGGCCAAACUCGAAAAGACUGACAGCUCGGAAUCGAAAACUGAUGCGAAAACUGACUCGAAAAUUUCCGAUGGCAAAACAUCCGAUAAUAAUGAAAAUACAAAGUCGUCGAAAGAUGAGAUUCUCGACUCGGAGAGUGCGAAGAAUCGAAUUGACUUGACAUUUAGCGAAUCUAGUAAUGGUUUCAGCAGGAAUCACGAGUUUGAUUCGUCGGCCGACUCUUUCAACGAGCAUAAAGUGGAGAAAAGGGAGGAGGGAAAAGAAAAGGAGUCCGGCAAUGAGGUUGGCAGCAGCAAGAAUGGAGAAUCGGAGAGUAAAGAUUCGAGGAGAAAGGUAAAAGUUGUCUUUACUGGUGACGAUGGUGAUGUUGAUAAUGAGGAUGAUGAUGAGUUUGAUGAUGAGCAUUAUGAGGAGGUGGUUGACGAUUGGGAUCGAGAUCCGUAUCCCUACGAGGGUGAUUUUGACGACGAUGAUUAUGAUGUGAAUGUCGACUAUGAGGACUUUUUCGACGGCGAUUAUGACGAUUAUGAGGCUUACGACGACUACGAGGAUUACGAUGAUGAUGGAUUCGAUGUGGAAAAUGAUUUCGCGUACGAGUCGCAUCUUGCGAAUACGAUCAAGGAGACUAUCAGGAAUUGCAACAAGAAUCUCAAGGUUCUUCAGUUAAAGAGAUGCAACCCGGCUGGUUUAACUUCCGAGGACCUGAUUACCAACUUUACAAAUUUCACCAGCUUGGAGAGGCUGGACCUUAGCAAAAUGAAAAUAGUUAACGACGAUUUGCUUAGCGCUGUGGGAGCAAAUUGUCCGAAACUUAGUGUGCUUGUAAUUAACGGCUGUGAUGUUGUAACAGACACCGGAAUCGGAGGAAUUGCCCUCUUACCGGAACUAAAACAUCUGUCAAUGUCCGACAUUCCCAAAGUCACGGGCAGUAAUUUCGAAACAGUCUCGAGUCUGAAAACUCUUUACUGUGCUCGAUGCACUUCUCUCCAAGAAGAAGGCCUAACCCAAUUAAUUUUAAAUUCCCACGAUCUCGAGCAAUUGGACAUCCAAAUGUGCAAGUUAAUAGCAAACUCUCUUUUUGAGACUGCCCUCGAGGCGGUUAAAACUCGAACUAAUAGUGUAAAAUUAAAAAUUUUCGCCAAAGGCUCCUCCCUCGAGCUUGGCAAACUCGAGAGCGAGUCCGAACUUCUCGAAAUUUUGAUGGAACGAAGGUUUGAAGAACGAGACUCGUUCAUUGACGGUGAGCUGGGAACGGAAGAAACGAAAAUCAGUGGCGAUCUUCGAUUUCGAGACUUUCGAGGUAUCAUUUUCGAGAGUACGACGACCGAAAAAGACAAAGAAGACUGAAGUUUACUGAAGUUGAUUAGGUUUACUUCAAACUCCCCGAGUACCUGGUAGAUUCAAUAGACCUGCAAAAAAAAAAAAAAAAUAGAGAGAAAAAAGAGAAAAGAAAAGAAAAAAGAAAGAAAAAU